AUGGCCGACUACUCAUACCAAUCGCUGGCCAACAUGGGACCACAAGGGAGAUGGCGGCGUGUGCUGUUGAUUGCCAUAAUACCCAUGGCAUUGGCUCUGCUUUAUUUCAGCUCUCCUUCAUACGUGCCGAGCAGUCUUCGGGCACAAUUCCCGCAUACGCAAAACAUUUCCCUCCCCAAAGACGACAUCUCCAUGGCGACGAUAAUAAAAGCACUCUACGGCCCGAUAUUACAUCCGAUCGAUGCUGCCAACUUUACCGACGAGGACGGAGAUAUAUACAGACUAGCAGGGGAACCGAAGUUCAAGAGCAAGUUGGGCAAGAAGGUGCUCAUACUGGAUAUCGACAGUCGGCCGUUGACGGAAAAGGGCCAGCUCAUGGACCCGCAAUUGAAGUGGAAGGGCAUGCGCUCGUUGAGUGCGGGCAUGCUCGGGCAUUACAUGUUUGCGCAAAUACACGGCUACGAUUACAAGUUCAUCCGCGCACCCGAUUACGCCGACCGGUGGGGCACCUGGGUCAAGGUUCCCAUGAUGAAGGAGGCGCUGAAGACCCACGAAUACAUCGUCUUCAUGGACUCGGAUGUCAUGUUCCACUACCCCCAUCUGCCUCUCGAAUGGCUGCUCAACUACUGGAACAUGACCGACGAUACUCUCGCGAUGAUGUCCAUUGACCCAAACGAACCGCAAAACUACGAUGCGAAGGGCAACCGAUACUUGAACACUGGGUUCGUGAUCGCACGACAGAGCAAGAGGACACAGGAGAUGUACAAGGCCUGGGCGGAAUGCCCUUCUGAGACCAAGUACAAGGGCUGCGCGCACUGGAAGACCGAUUGGGCACAUGAACAGGCUGCUUUCGGAAACUACCUGCGCUACGACUACGACCGACCGGACGACAUUCGCGUUCUCCCCUGCGUCGAAGCCAACGGUGCACCCGAGGCUGCGAACCGAGGCGGCUGCAAAGGCGUCUUUGUACGACAUUUCUGGGUUGACAAGGGCCUGGUGGCUAAGAACCUGGCGGACAGCGUCAUGCAGUACUUCCUACCACGAUUACACGAGGCGUACCUGGGCUCAGCGAGCGAGCAUAUUGUCGACGCAAAGGGCUUCAAGCUCGAGGGCGCGGAGCUCAUCGAGAUGACCGAAGAAGAGAAGGCAGCGGCCAAGAAAGGACAGGGCAAGAACCAGAAAGAUGAAGGGUGGUAG